AGUCGAUGUUGACUUAGAUAUUUUAAAUAAGGAGUCCACAGCCUUGCGAGGUCCUUUUUAUGAAGGCGGGGUGUGAUCGUCUUGUGGGCAUGAAGUGCUGGUAGUGGUGCCUAGAGCUGUUGGAAUUAUUUUCUCUUUGAGGUUUUGGUUCGUAGGAAGUACUCAGUAUGCCUCCCAAAGGGAAAGGCGGUGGGGCGAAAGGUGGUGGAAAAGGAGGAGCUUCCGGUGGCGAUGACUCUGAUAAAAAAGCACAAGGUCCAAAAGGAGGAGGAAAUGCAGUGAAGGUGAGGCAUAUACUGUGUGAAAAGCACGGUAAAGUCAUGGAAGCUAUGGAAAAACUCAAGUCUGGUGUUCGCUUUAGUGAAGUGGCUUCACAGUACAGUGAGGACAAAGCCCGGCAAGGUGGUGACCUUGGCUGGAUGACCAGAGGUUCUAUGGUGGGACCUUUCCAAGAAGCUGCAUUUGCUCUCUCCGUUAGCAGCAUGGAUAAGCCUGUAUACACUGACCCUCCAGUCAAGACCAAGUUUGGCUACCAUAUCAUAAUGGUGGAAGGAAGAAAAUAGAUGAAAAUACCAAUUUCCAGACAUGUUCCAAGUUUUCAGAUACGGAUCGAGAACACAGUUAAUGUCUGUGUCAAGUAUGCAGCUCUGUUGACACAUCACUCAGCAGUCUUGUUUGCUAUAUAUGCAGUAUACAUAUAUAAAUACAUAUGUGUGUGUAAAUGUGACUACGCGGGUCUUCCCUGAAAGAGGCUUCCAGCCUAGUGGGACUAACCCAGUCAACAAAGGAUAAAUAAAAAAGAAUAAAUUAUUAAAAUAUGUGUUGGGCAGUGACAUUCAUACUUGAGACAGAAGGUGAUUAAGAUGUCCAGAAUCUUGUGUUUUUGUAGUGAUGGUAUGUGUAUAAUUCUUUGCUUGUAAAUAAACUGUAUUUCAUA